AUGAACUUAUAUGUAGUCUCUAUUGAGUACUCAGUGGUGAAGCCUGAUCCCUCACUUGGGGAUGAGCAGAUGUGUAAUUUCUUCAACCGGGUUUCUAACCGGUGUCCAUUACUGCACUUAUUCGGUUAUGUGUAUACAAAGAGAUAUGAGAAUCGAUCAUCACACCAUCUCCACACCGCACGAACCCCAUCAUCUGCAGAAGAAGAAGAAGAAGAAGAAGAAGAAAGAAAGACAUUAAGAGAGAUGGAUUACAUUCAAGAACGUACAGUUUGUGUUCAUGUACAUGGUAUUUAUCCAUACUUUAUGGUAUUACAACAUGAUAAGAGAGUUUCUGCGGUACAGUUUGGGGCUCAACUGGAAACUGUAGCGGCUGCCGUAUUGGGAAUAAAUAAUUUCCAUACAAGUGAUUUACCACAGUUAUUACAUCAGGUAGAAGUGGUAAAGCGAGUUCCUUUCUAUGGUUAUCAUACAAGACCAUUAAGACUCUUUAAAGUAAGUGUAAUAGAUCCUGCAAUGAUGGGAAAACUUGUACAUCUUCUCUGCAGUACCACACUUGUUGGAGGAAGACAAUGGGAAUUAUAUGAUGCCCAUUCCCCUUUUCAUUUUCAGUUUAUGGUCGAUUACGGUGUAAAGGGAAUGGCUCCAUUCUCUAUUCCAUCCUGUACUGUACGGGCACCUUUACCAACAGAGAUGAAUAAUCCAAUCACACAAUCACAGUUUGGUAUAAAGACAGUAAUGCCAAUAGGUGAACCACCACGUCUCACACGUGCAGAAGUAGAAAUGGAUAUUUCUCUUCAAAUGUUAAAAAGACGUGAUAGUCCAAUGGAGCCUGGGGAGAAUCUUCUCUCUGUUAGACGAAGUGUGCAAAAGUAUUUUGCAGAGUUUGGUGUAGAUGAUACUAUUAGACGUGCAGCUGCCGCGACGAAUAUCUCUCUAGAGCAGCGUUAUUAUAAUGUUUCUGAUCUCCAACGAAGUGAUCCUUCUGUUGCGGCAAUGCGUCAACAGGCUCUUAUGUAUUUACAGGCUCGUGGGGUUGUUGUGAAUUCAGAUCUCCACACCGUUGAUGGUAUUAUUAUCGCUACCGGUACAAAUAGUGAUGGGAACUCUCCAUCACAGGCACCAUUACUAGAUGUGGUCUUUUCUACACAGGAUGAGAGAGAUAAUAAUAAUAAUAAUAAUAAUAAUAAUAAUAAUAAUAAUAAUAAUAAUAAUAAUAGUAUUAAUACUACACCGUUAACGGCUACACCAAGUGUGGGUCUUACAUUGAAUAUUAUGCAGGGUUUUCAGAUUGGUGGGGCGACGAUAACACCACUUUCAUUUUCAUCAUCUUCAUCAUCUUCACAGCUCUGCAUUACACCGUGUUGUGAAGAAAAAGAGGAAAUUGCAGCUGUUGAGAUGUCACUGGCACACGAGUCUCCGUAUUCAUUACUACAGUCUGCCAAAGAAGAAGAAGAAGAAAACAAUAUAUAUAACGAUAGAGAUGAAAUGAAAGAAGAGAGUGAAUGUUUAUUACUUUCAAACAGAAGUAGUAGUAGUAGUAGUAGUAGUAGUAGUAGUAAUGAUGCUGCUGCUCCUAUCCGUAAAGUUUGUGUUAACGAUAAAACCUUUACAGUUGGGGACUCUAUUGUAUUGUUUGGAGUCCAAAUGGAGAGAGAAACAACACCGGGAGGAGUGCCGUUGUGUGCAAAGAUCACAGGUGUAAACUCUCACACAGUGCGGCUGCGGUGGUAUCUCACACUUCGGGAAACACAUCUCGCAAACAGUCAAUGUGAAUUAGAGAGACGUGGACGGUGGUGGCAUAGGCAAAGAAAGACAGACAAUCACAAUGAGAAGAAAGCUCUAAUAGCAACAACAACAACAACACCAACAGUAAUAAUAACAGAAGAAACAGAGGAGGAAUGGUUAUUAGGGGAUGUAGAGGAUGAUAAUCCUAUAGAGGUUUUACGUCAUGCUAAACGGGUUGUAGUGGUACACAACUAUAGGGAUUAUAAUAAGAAUUCUGUAAUACUCUGCAGAUAUAAUUAUCAUAUCUCUGAACAACGUUUAUCUAUGAUAGAGCCUAAUGUGAAUGGUGAUAUAAUAGUGGCACUUCCAGCUGUACUCACAUCGUCUGUUAAAGAGAGUGUAAUGCCGGGUGUUGUAGAUGAGGGAGAGGAAUUACUCUUAUCAUCAUCAUCAUCAUCAUCAUCAAUAUCAUUAUUAUCAUCUUCUUCUGAUUUGUGUUCUCAUCUCAGUGUCUGUGAAUCCUCUGUGAAAAGAGAUGUGAUGAUCCCAUCAACGUCUAUAAAGGCAGAGAAUACUCAUCCCAUUAUCAUACAGAGAUCUGUGAGAAGAGUUAUUCAACAAGUGGCCCAAUCACAACUAUCACUGUUACUCACUGGUACGAGUGUAUCCCCACACGCCUCUACGCCUGUUGUGAUGAUGGGAAGAAUGAAUGGAAAUACAAAAAACUCAGAAAGUUCUUCUUCUGUCGUCUGUAUUAAUCCACAAAGCCAUAAUCUUCUCUUGGAAUGGAAAGAACAACACUGUCGUGUACAACCAUCAUACUUCACCGGUGAUAUUCCACGUAAUUUUCAAUGGAUAUAUAAUGAAGAUACUCAAAGUGUGAUGGUCUCUGCGGCGAGUUGGCCAUUCACAACACCUAUUCCAUCUUCUUUAUCUUCUCCUUCUAUUGUAAAAACAACAACAACAAUGGGAGUGAGAUCAGGGAUUGAAAUAGAUCGGUCCAAUACAAGUACGACACGAUCCUCCAUCCCACUACUUUCACAAGUAGCCAAUACAAUGAUCACACCAUUAGCUCAACGACGGCCAGUAAACACGAAAGAAAAAAAGUGGAAUCCACAUCCAUCAUCCAAUCGAUCAAAUUCACUUCAUGGAUCUAUACAUAUGACGUGUUCUUUUCGUAUAAUGUGUGUAGAAGUUCUUAUUCAUCGUGAACGUGAUGUCCAAGAUGUGGCACAGGAAGAACUCCUUGCGGUAGCGCUUGGAAAGACAACUUCCACAGAUGAUACGAUUGCCGUUCAACUCUUCUGUGUUUCUGGAAUAACAUCAUCAUCAUCAUCAUCAUCUUCGUCAUCUACUGUAAAGGAGUCUUUACCGUUUAGUGGAGAUGUGCGAGUGGUGUAUGUAUCUAGUGAGGUACAUUUACUGCGGUGUGUACGGCGGGAAUUACUGCAGUAUGAUCCUGAUGUGAUCUUAUCAUGGGAUGGAUUUAGAUACGGGAUUGGACUACUGGCAUUGCGUUAUCGUCUAGUACUGCAGCGUUCUCUCGCCCGGGAUCUUUCCCGUCUGGUGAGUGAUGUGAAUAGAAGAGAAGGUGGAGGAGAAAAAUCCAUAAGAAUGGAUAAAAACAAAAGGAAUACAGAAUUAUCUUCUUUCUGUUCUUCUUCUUCAUCAUCAUCAUCAUCAUUAUCAUUAUCAUUAUCAUCGGUUUCAUCAUGUGAUAGUGCGUAUUCAGCAGGAAUGGAAGUAGACCCUGCUACUAUUAAUAAUAAUACUAAUAAUAAUAAUAAUAAUACUAGUAAUAAUAAUAAUAAUAAUAAUAAUAAUAAUAAUAAUAAUAAUAAUAAUAAUAAUAAUAAUAAUAAUACUAAUACAACAGGGGAUAUGGUAAAACGAGUAACACGACGAUUUGGCAGCAGUCUGCGUAUUACUGGCCGUAUUGUUAUUGAUCUUGGCAAACAAUUACGUAAAGAACUACAACUUCCUUCUUACUCUCUACAAAUGGUUCAUCAAAAACUCUUUAACCGAAAUUUACCCUACUUUACAGAUAUCGCAUUAUCUGAAAUGUAUUUACAUGAUAAGAAUGAAAUGCGACGUGUGGCCCUCUCUGUUCUCCUCACACGAACCGUCACUCCACACCGCAUUGCUCAACAUCUUCACUUCUACACACGCACAGCGGAGUUCUCACGGAUGUAUGGAAUUCUUUUUCAUGAAGUUCUCAGUCGUGGAAGUCAAUACCGUGUGGAGGCCACUUUAUAUAGAAUGGCUAAACCCAUUGGAUACACUAUGCUCUCUCCAUCACGAGAACAAGUACACCGUCAACCACGAUUGCAGAGUAUGCCACUUAUAUUACAACCACGUAGUGACUUUUAUAAAGAUGAUCCUAUAGUAGUAUUAGACUUUCGAAGUCUCUAUCCAAGUUUGAUUAUUGCAUAUAAUCUUUGCUAUUCCACUUGUCUUGGUACGGUAAGGAAAUGUCGAUAUAGUCGUUUAGGCGUAAUUCCUUCUUAUAAACAAGCUGAUCCAUUAUUACUUUCACAACUCACAGAGGAUGAAAUUGGGAAAAGUUUACAAAAUCACAUUACCUUUGCACCGAAUGGUUGUAUGUUUUUAAAUCCAACCACUCGUGAAGGUGUACUUCCACAAAUGCUACGGGCUUUAUUGGAAACACGUUUAGAGGUUCAAGCAGCAUUAAAGUAUGUUGCCCAACCAUGUGAAGAUGUUUAUAUGCAACAAGUAUUUCAUGAACAACAAGCGGCUAUUAAAAUGCUUGCCAACACCACAUAUGGAUAUACCGCCGCCUCUUUUACAGGACGAAUGCCUUGUGUAGAUCUUGCAGAUGCUAUUGUGAUGUUUGGACGACAAACAUUAGAACGAGCCAUGCGACUUAUUAAUGGUCAUCCUUCAUGGAAAGCUGAAGUGGUAUAUGGAGAUACCGAUUCUCUCUUUGUACGAUUACCAGGUAGAACUAAAGAAGAGGCAUUUGUAAUUGGAGAAGAAAUGGCAAAAGAGGUAACAAGAGUAAAUCCAUCACCUAUUCAAUUACAGUUUGAAAAAGUACUUUUUCCUUGUUUAUUAUUAGUGAAAAAACGAUAUGUGGGAUAUGCAUACUUUAAACCAGAUCAACAAGAACCACAAUUCCUUUCAAAGGGAAUUGAGACUAUUCGUAGAGAUCAAUGUUUGGCAACUUCACGUUUAGCAUCCUGUAUGAUUCAAUCACUUUUUUCAGGUGCCUCAACGGAGACUCUACGAGAAAUUUUCUAUAAGGAAGUAAGUAAACUACAACGUGGAAGUUGUAAUCCAGCAGAUUGUAUAUUUCGUAAAGCCGUAAAACUUGGAAGUUAUCGUCGAAAGGGUAAUUUACCACUGGCAGCCCAUCUUGCUAUGCAGUUAAUGGAGAAGGAUAUCACCUAUACUCCUUAUUGGGGUGAACGUAUUCCAUAUCUUGUAGUCCAAUCGAUGGAAUCUGUACAGUUGCGGGAUCGGGUGGUUCACCCACAAGAAUUAUUGAAAUUAGAAGAAAAUGUAAAGAUUGAUACCGAGUAUUAUAUUAAACGUCACAUUAUUCCUGUUUUAGAUAGAAUGUUGUAUCUUAUUGGGGUUAACUGUGCUAGUUGGUAUGCGGCGAUGCCGAAGAGACGUACAUACCGUAGUUACUUUGAACUUGGUUUAAUAGAGAAACCCCUGCUGAGUGGUUUAAAAAGAACACGAUCACCUCAUCAUCCUCUUGUUGUGGAUGUAGACAAAGAAGAUGAUGAAAAUAAUAAUAAUAAUAAUAAUAAUAAUAAUAAAAUACAUUUAAACCCAAGAGGUCAUACAUCUUUGUAUGUAAAAAAACGAACAUUAGAUGCGUAUUAUCAGCAAACAUUAUGUGCUGUAUGUCUUGAGAGCUCUGUUACUACAAACCCACCCGAUCCACCAAUUUGUAUAGAUUGUCUUCAUAACCGUACGAAAAGUGUUAUUCGUGUAAUAACUCGCCGUCAUUCUGUGGAGAGACGCUUACGACUAAUUGAGAGAACGUGUUUACGUUGUAUUGGAUCAUGUGGAGAAAUAGGCGGUUUAAACUCUAUUACUAAUACUACUAAUACUGCUGCUGGGGCUGUGGAAGAUAUAGAGGAUAUACAUUUCGCUAUUCCUCGCAGUCUUGCUAGUGUUACGACUACGGUUCUUCACCCCACGAUGGAGAAGGAAGAUGGUGAAAAGGAUAAUAAUAAUAAUAAUGAGGAUGAAUAUAUACCAGAAGGAUGUGUAUCUAUUGAUUGUCAUCUUUCAUUUGAGAAGCGACAACUUUUUCUUCUUUAUUUGCAGCUUAUGGUAUUAGAGCAAUAUGUGACGAAUUUGUAG